CCCUUUGUGACACUACAUCCCUAAGGAAACAGCCAGCUUUGCCAUGGCUACUGUGGGUGAUGUCAAAGCCAUUAGAGCUUCCUCCACAGCCGAGAAGAAUGUGUUUCAGCUCCACCCUCCGCUUGCUUCCUCAUUCCUCAGGAGUCUCCUUACAACUGGCCCAGCAAUGCCCAAGAAUGCUCUGGUCACCCUCAGAUAUGGACCCUAUCGCAGCUGUGGGGUGGUUGAACACCGAACCUUUCGCCUGGAGGGCUUGCAAGCUGUGUUAAAAGCAGACGGGCAUCAAAUCGUUCUCGAGGAAAUUCCCGAUUGGAACGACGUGCAGCUGAUUGUGAAUGGAGAGACCAUCUUCCAGUGCAACAUUAACGAUCUAGAUUUUGGAGGAGAUGGAAAGUUGGAUCCUCUUUGCCAAGAAGCUCGAGAAGCAGUCUUAAAAGCCUACUGACAUUUUGUUGCCCUCUGUUUUUGUAAAAGCUCAUUUCUUACGAAUGACGGCCAAAAAAAGACUCCUGUUUUUUUUAAUCUCGAUGCCAAAACAGUAUGGUCUCCAAUUCACUAAUCACGUCUCUGUUUUAUAUCUAAUUAUUUAGAGCCUUUUUGUCCUUGUGAUUUUUUUUCCCAUGCUCAUCUUGCUCUUGUGAAGUGUUCCUCACCUGCUUGAAUCAUCACCGUGUCCACAAGGGGAGAGGGGUAAUCAAAGCAUUAUUGCACUGCUUAUCUGUGUGUCGAAGCUUCAUGAGAAUCAUCUUUCUACUGCAUUCCUGCCAUAUGGAGAGUUGUUUGCUAGGAGCUGGGUGGCAAAUAAAUUCAACCAUAAAUAAAUAAAAUAUAACCAUUGCACGCCGUUUCCGGUUUCCAGUACUUGGAAGAUUGGAAGUCAUCAGUUCCUCAUAUCAAUCCAUAACUAUAGCAUUCUAGAUAGCGUAGAUUCAUCUAGAACAGGAUUCGACGAUAGGAGGGGACACUUCCAGUGUUGAAUUGCAAGCGUAAUUUUCUCUCCAAAAUAUGGCAAUAAAAUUAUUCGUUUCAUCUGCUACCUUGACCCGUCGUUGGCCGUAGACAGAGCGCCUUGCGUUACUAGUAGGACUUUUCCAACAUUGUACGGUAUGCUUUAUAUUAAGGACAAUCUACCCAUAUCCUGUACAUUUCUACUGA